GUUCUGACGUCAGAGGCGGACUGGGUCCCUGCUGGAGGUGCUGCUGGUGCCGGGGGGGAUGGCCGCCUUCAGGAACCUGUCAAUGGUGAUCGGAGCGGCGGUGGCAGCGCUGGGCUCGGUGCUCGUCAUUGCCUGGAGCCGCUACAUGCCAGGCCGGAGGAAGUACAGGAGGACGGGCUACCAGCUGGAGUACAGCCCGCUCAGCAGUCAGCCUAACUAUUUGGAUCGGCAGAUUUUAGUCCUAGGUUUGGAUGGAGCCGGCAAGAGCAGUAUAAUCCAUGCCCUGAGCACUAACAGCACCAGAUCAAGUUCAGCACCUACUCACGGGUUUAACACUGCCCAUAUUCUCAGCCAGGGAUUGAGGAUUGAGCUACUGGAAGUUGGUGGGAGCCAGAACCUUAGGACAUACUGGAACCAGUACCUGAAGAACGCACAUAUAAUAGUUUUUGUAGUGGAUUCCACUGAUGACAAGCGCUUGCAGCUAGCUAGACAAGAACUACAUCGGCUUUUGGAGGAGGCAUCCCAGUUACCAUUGAUGGUGCUAGCAAACAAGCAGGAUCGGCAGUCAGCACUUGAUAUCUCUGCUGUUCACUCCGAGUUAUCUUUACAUCGAAUCCAGGACCAAAGAGAGGUGACGUUAUUAGGAACCAGCGCUGUAUGUGAUGGGUUUGGUCAGAGUACCAGUUUACAGACUGUGAGAUCACUGCUUGAAGAACGGCUACUCCAAGUGACAGGAUCACAACAAGAUCUCAUCCAUCUGCAAAACAGCUGCUGGCAGACCUCAUUUGAAAGAGAGAAAAGUGCAUAAUAGGCAGACUUGUCCUGCUACUAACAAAAACCAAGCCUCUACUUGGUGGUA